AUGUUUCCUAGCUUGACCCCCACCAUCGCCCCAGUCCCGUUCCGGUCCUUUCUCUCGGUAUUUGGCUCUCAGGCGUCAGAGUUUCUUAAUGGCAUGCUGGCAACGUCAGUACACGAGCCUCGGCGACCUGCGUUUUCGACAGUGCUAAAUGCCCAGGGAAGGGUUCUCUACGAUGUAUUCCUACACACGCAAAAAGAUGAAAAGGGAAAGCCUGGAUACAUAAUUGAAUACGAUUCACGCCCCUCGGAGGCUCCACCGCUUUACGGCCUGCUCAAGCGGUACGUCUUGCGGUCCAAGGUCAAGAUCAGGGAUGUCUCCCAGGAAUACGACACAUGGGCUGCCUGGGGUUCACCUGAACAUUCACACUGGGAGACGGAACGAAAUUGGCACUGGGAAAACAGUGGAGCUAUGGAGCCCAUUUGGCCGGCCGAGAGUGAAUGGCCUUGGGGAGUCGAAGACGGUAUCAUACGCGACAGAAGAGCACCCGGGAUGGGUUCGAGGAUUCUCGUACGCAAGGGCGACCCUCCAAAGGAAUCCCUCUCGCAUGAUAUCCAGACGUCCGACGCAUAUACCCUUCUUCGUAUACUCAAGGGGGUCCCUGAAGGCCCUGUUGACAUCCCACCCUUGCAUGCGUUUCCGAUGGACUCCAACUUGGAUAUAAUGGGAGGCCUUGACUUUCGGAAGGGCUGCUAUGUCGGGCAGGAGCUCACAGUGCGAACAUAUCACACAGGUGUCAUACGGAAAAGAAUCCUUCCUGUUGUGAUACGCGACUACCAAAUGUACGUAUUCUAUUGCUGGUCAUCCCCCGUUGCCCAGUCACUGCCUUCGGGCCUUGACAUACGCCCAAUUCCUCGUGAAGAUUCCCAGAAUAAAUCUCCGCGUCCGCGGGGAACCAGUAAACUUCUGACAUCGCUGCAUGGGCAUGGCCUGGCCCUGUUCCGAUUAGAACACCUGAAGAAUGCAUAUUUGACGGAAGAAGAACCCCAGCAGUUCUCCCUGCAGACUGAUGAUUCUGCAACGUGGAUAGUUGAACCUCAAUGGCCCCAAUGGUGGGACUGGUGUAAACGCUCAGGUGUUCUGUAG